AUGUCAUUCUCUAUCAGUCGCAGCGAGUUCAGCUCUGUACUCCAGUUAUUGAUCCAUGACUUGACUAUGUAUUUUGAAGAGAUUGGGCUCGCUACAAACGCUACAGAACACAUCCGAAAGGUAAUCGUCACGAAUGUACCAAACGGGAAGCUCUACCGUGGGUUGUCCAUCCCCGAAACAGGGAUAAUAUGCCUCAGUCGAGAACUAUCAGAGAAGGAAUUCCAGGAAAUGUGCAUCCUCGGAUGGCUGGUUGAAAUGCUCCAGGCCAACCUUUUAAUUAUCGACGACAUCAUGGAUGAAUCAACUACCCGUCGAGGACAACCUUGCUGGUAUAAGCGCCCUGAGGUCGGACUGACUGCAAUCAAUGACGCGUGCAUGUUGAAAUCAGCUAUAUUUGUGCUUCUGAAGAAAUAUUUCUCCAGUCAUCCGUCCUACUUGAAUAUGGUUGAGAGUUUCCAGGAAAUUGCUCUCCUGACUGAAGGUGGCCAGGAGAGUGACGAGUUAGCUACCAAGGAGCAUGAACCUCAACAGUGGACCUUGGAGCAGUAUCGGAGUAUCACACUGCUGAAGGGGGGCUAUUAUAGCUUCUACCUUUCUGUGCUGCUCGGUUUGCAAUACCUGAAAAUUGCUACACCGUUGAAUGUCAAACAAACUGAAGACAUUCUUGUGCCACUCGGACAGUUCUAUCAAGUCCAAAACGAUUACCUGGAUGUUUUUGGAGAUAGUGCGCGUACCGGAAAAAUUGGGAACGACAUUCAAGAGAACAAAUGCUCCUGGGUCGUUAUUCAGGCACUCCGCAUUUGCAACGAGAGACAAAGAGAGACCAUCUGCCAGAAUUACGGCACGCCUGCCGUAGAGAUGGCGAGGGAGGUCCAAAAGGUGUUUGAGUCAUUGCCAUUGAUAGCUUUGUUUGCCAGGGAGACCGAAGAGCUUUUCGAGGGUUUACGGAUCAAGAUCAGAGACCUGGAUGAAGGAGAGGGAUUGCGGAAAGGAAUAUUUGAGCUUUUGGUUGAGGACAUCCACAGGCUUCACAAAUGA